CAUAUACGAAAUUGGUUAAAAAAAACCGAUUUUUCAGUAUUAACAUUUCGAUAUUUCUGUUAAAAAAAAAGUCAAAAACUCUGAAGCGUUACUCUUUUCAUUUACAUUAUGUACUGUGACUUUGAUUUUAUUUUCUUCUGCUUUCUCGAGAGAAAGAGAGCGAGUCAAAAUGAGGUCCGAAAAAACCCUGUUCACACUUCUCCUAUUACUGGUUUCACUCUUUGACUUGACCCCACACGCGGCGGCUCAGCCGCCGGGCGAGAUUUCAGCGCGUGCGCUCGACGCGCUGCUACAGGAUUACGCAUUCAGGUCGCUGAACCGGCCCCGAACCGGGGUGGCAUACAACGCCGUCUUGCCGGUAAAUAUCACCGGAGUCGGAGUGUCGGCAAUGAGGGUCAGGAGCGGUAGCCUGAGAGCUCGAGGCGUACGGAGCUACGGAGAGUUUCGAAUUCCGAUCGGCGUGGUGGAACAGCCGUACGCGAAACGCAUCGUUUUGGUGUAUCAUAGUUUGGGGAAUUGGUCUUCGCUCUUCUACCCUUUACCGGGCUUCGAUUACGUGGCUCCCGUUUUGGGCCUACUGGCCUACGACGGGUCCAAUUUGACCGCCACCGACCUACCCGAACUUGAAAUUAGGGCCUUGAAGAAGCCCAUUACGAUCGAGUUCCCAGAGAACGACGACAUCAUCGAAGGUGGUUCCGGCUCCUCGCCUUACUCGCCCAAAUGCGUGUUCUUCGAUUUGCACGGUUCGGUGGAUUUCGAAGACGUUUUGCCCGGAAAUGUGUGCAAAAUGUUCAAACAAGGUCAUUGCUCCGUAGUCGUGGAGUCCGAAGCUUUGGCGCCGGCUCCGUCAGCGGCUGGGCAAUCGAGUUACGGCAGGGGUGGAGGCAAGUCAAAGGGGUGGACGAUUUUGUGGAGCUUGAUUGGGGUUUUGAUUUUUCUGGGUUUUUUGGCUUUGUUGGUUUUGAGGGUAAAGAAGUACCAAAAUGAGAGGAGUAAGAAGAAGGAGAAGCGAAGGUCGGAGUUGGGAACUGAUAGAGGUGAAGCUGUGCAGAUUACUUCGUUCGAGAACUUGAGGGCGCCAUUUGCGACGGGGACUCGGACGCAACCGGUAUUGGAGGACCAUUACGUGCCAUAGAGAUAGCUUAAUUCGUCCGUACAGUUGAUCAUUUUAAAUAUAUUAUUUAUUUUUAAUUGAAGGAAAAAAGAAAAAGAAAAAGAGUAGUAUUUGUGAAUCCGAAUGUGAUGAUUACUUUGUUAAAAAACAAAAAGAUGAACGUGGAAUUCGAGCCUGAUUAAUUUUUAUUUAUUCUUCUACUAAUCUGUUUUUAGUUUUAGUUAAAUGAAUGAACACUGGAAGGGUUGUUUUGGUA